AUGUUUCGUUUUUAUGUGAAACUUUUUAUAAUUACCUUUUUUGCUUGGAACUGCCAAAAAUCUAAUAAUAGUACAUUUAAUGAGUUAUGGAAUGAACAAUACAUUGCUCAGAAUAUUUUUAAAAUUAAAACCCAAAGGAUUUUAACAGCGUAUGAGACAUUAAAUAGUAGUCCUCAGCAAAAUCUGUAUUCAUUAAGUGAUAUGGAAGAUGAAUACAGACAAGAAAAAAUAGAUGAGUUACUCAAUUAUUAUAAGACAUAUUUAAAUAUAUAUCCCGACCUUAACACCAAUGACAAAAUUAUUAAAUUAAAAGAUACCUCUUCACAACGUGAACGAGGUAACAGUGUUAAUGGAAAGGAUAAUGUAUUACAGAUUGAUUCAUAUGAUGAACCAGAUAUGAGUUUUGAAGAAGUUUUGGAUAUUGAUGAGGCGGAUUACCAUGAAGAUUUAGAAUUUCUUGAUAAUUUUUAUGAGCUUGACAGGAAUGGAAAUGUAGAAGUAUAUAUAAACCCGGAUACAGUUAAUGAAGGGAUAUUCAAUAUUAAUAAUAAUAUAGAAGAUAUAAACGAUUAUAAACAGAAAGGUAUAGGUUUUGGCGAUAAUUUUUUGGAAUCUUUUAAAAAUUUUAAAAGGAAAUAUUAUAAAUUUUUUAAAUAUGCUUUACUUUUAACACCAUUAGGUCUAUUAUUAACUUCCUUAACAAUGUCCCUAUCAGGACCAAAUCAUUAUAUAACUACAGGAGUUGUGGCAUUAGCAAUAAUUGCAUCGUUAGCACAAUAG